AUGACAUCGAAACUUGCCAACAAAAACAUCCUGCUUAUUGGCGGUACCUCGGGCAUUGGAUUCGCGGUCGCCAAGCAAGCGUUCCUGGAUGGUGCGAACAUAAUUGUCAGUUCUUCUUCGAAAGAAAGAGUCGAUAAAGCCGUGAGCCGCCUGCGCGAAACAGACCCAACCCGCGCUUCGGCCGUGCGUAGUCACGUCGCCGAUCUUUCUGUUAGAGACAAGCUUGAGGAAGCCGUCGAGAAUCUGCUCAAGUAUGCGGCUGAAAUCUCGCCGAUCGACCACAUUGUCUUCACGGCAGGAAACGUACCCCAGCUUGUGCCUCUGCCCGAAGCACAAUUCGAACACGUCGAUGCAUUUAUGACAGUUCGCGUCUUCGGUGCCAUGGCAGUUGGCAAGUAUGCUCCGAAGUAUAUGUCUGUGGAUAAAUCUUCCUCCAUUACCUUGACCACGGGCACUCAGAACAAAAAGCCGUCAUUUUGGUUACCGCCCCUUGUUACUGGUGCUCUAGAAGGGUUAAUGAAAGGCCUGGCUGUUACGCUGUCGCCCAUGCGCGUGAAUGCUGUUUCCCCAGGCUUUAUUUUGACGGAGUUACUCGACAACCUUCCGAAGGAAAUGGUCCAGGGCGCCAUUGAGAAGCAUACCAAGGCAUCCCUGACCAAGGAUAUUGGGUAUCCAGAAGAUGCAGCUGAAGCGUACUUGUAUUUGAUGAAAGAUAAAUUCGUGACUGGGUCUGUAGUGGCAACAAAUGGAGGAGCAUGGUUAGUUUGA